UCUCUACACUGGUUUCUCAGCCUUUAUUCGCAAAUUCCACUGCAUAUUUAAACUGCCUACUUAGCUGGUUUACCACUUACUAGUCUUCAUGCUUCCAACCUGUGCAAAAUCAAAUUUUGCAAAUUUAAAAAAAAACAUACGUGCAAAAUUUCAAGUGAAUUAUGGCAAAUUUUUUGCGUGAUGCACUUUUGUGCUGUGCAUUCUACCUGGUGGCGAAUGGAAUCACGGUUGAACAAGAUAUGACCCUUACCAAUUCGCAGGCAAAGAUUCUGGAGCAGUUUAAAUCUCGACUGCAAGACAAAUUGCCGCAUGCCUACAUGAGGACGGACUUUUACUUAAUCAAGUGGCUGUUAGAUUCUAAUUAUCAGUUGGAUUUAGCAGAAGAAAAAUUACUUAGAAACUUGAAAUGGAGGAAGGACGAGGGGAUGGAUGAUGGCAUUCAUUAUGAAGACUGGAGCGAUAUUUGGGAUGAGGAAGCUCGAUACAGUCUCGACGGACGAGAUAAGCAGGGACGUCCAUUGCUGUACGUCCCCAUAAAACACCUUGACUUCAGAAGUCUCGUCAUUUCCCAGCGGGCUGAGAGAUUUCAUCGAUACGUUAACAAGGCGAUGGACGAAGCUUGUUCCCUGGUCCAAGAAUUGUACGAGAAACACGGCAACAUUUCGAGAGGAAUGGCAAUCUUUGACCUGGAAGGGUUCAACCUCGUGCAGCACGGUUGUUUCAGAUGUCUCCCACAUUUUAUUCGGAUGUGGACCAGCUUUGUAGACCACUGGCCAAAAUGUGUUGGUGACAUGUUCCUUAUCAAUGCUCCUGAACCUUUCGUUCACCUGCUAAAUAUUGCGAAACCAUUUUCCCCUAAGGAAAUUUUGGAAAAUUUACAUGUUUUUGGGUCAAAUAAGAACGCGUGGAAAGCAGAGCUGAGAAAGUAUUUUGAUCCCGAGCAACUUUCAACGUCGUUGGGAGGGACGAAGACAUACGAUUGGGUGGAAGAAUGAGUGAGAUUUACCAAAAUAGUUGUGUUCCCGAAAAAUUGGUAAAAAACAUGAUUUGCUAAUAGAAAUAAAAAUAGUUGAUUCAAUCUGUCAGAUACA